CUCUCUUUUCCCUCAGUGUCUCACUUCUCUCGCCGUUUCGUGCAGAUUUUCCGUGAGCUGAACAAGGGGGAAGAAAGAGCAGGAAAAAGGAAGAGAGGGGCAAGAAAGACGAGGAAAGACAGGAUGGCUGAGGUGUUUCUAAAACUAAACCUGGGUAAUUAGGUGCUACGCUGGAAAGGGAGAAAAAAAAUUGAGGUUGGUAGAAGAGGGCGGAAGAAGAGGAGGUAAUUUCAGAAAAGCAAAGGAGUAACAGUGUUGUAGAGAGGCAAGGGAGGGGAGAAAGAAGAAACUAGUACAUAGAGUGCUGAAACUUAUAAGCAUUCCGGAUAAACAGUUACAAAGAAGAAGUUAAAAAAAAAGAAAGAAGCAAAAACAGAGAAGAGGGAAGAUUGCAUCCGCAGCUGACAGGUGAAACUCGGCUAUCCAGGAUGGACAAAGUAGAGCGAGUGAUGAAGAUGGUGAAGAGGAUGUCACCAAGGAAGAAGAGGAGGGAAGGAGGGGGAGGAAGGGCAGGAGGACCAGGAGAGCUGGAGAGCCCAGAUACCCUGUGUGAUGAACUCUGUCGUUUCAGCCUCUGCAUUAGCGAUGAUGGACCAUAUGGGAAAACUAAGGAUAUCUCUGGACCAGAGCAUACCAUGGCCUCAAGAAGACACAGCAUACCUGAAGCUCUGCGGGGGGUGACUAUGGUGGAGCUGGUGAAGAAAGAAGGCAGCACACUGGGCCUCACCAUCUCAGGAGGAACUGAUAAGGAUGGAAAACCACGUGUAUCAAACUUACGACCUGGAGGACUGGCAGCCAGGAGUGACCAGUUAAAUGUUGGGGACUACAUCAAAUCCGUGAAUGGGAUCAAUCUGACCAAACUGCGGCACGAAGAGAUAAUCAGCUUAUUGAAAAAUGUAGGAGAGAGGGUUCUGCUGGAGGUGGAGUAUGAACUGCCCCCCACAGCACCAGACAGCACCUCAGGGGUUAUAUCAAAGACAAUUGACAUCUGUUUGCACAAAGAAGGGAACAGUUUUGGUUUCGUCAUGAGAGGCGGUACCCAUGAGGACUGGCACAAAUCACGCCCUUUAGUGGUCACCUAUGUCAGGCCAGGAGGCCCUGCAGACAGAGAAGGUACCCUGCGCCCUGGCGAUCGUCUCCUCAGUGUGGAUGGUGUGCCACUACACAACGCAAACCACAGCGAUGCCCUCAGCAUGUUGGCUCAAUGUGGCCAGGAAGCCCUGUUCCAAAUUGAGUACGAUGUAACUAUCAUGGACACACUGGCAAAUGCAUCUGGUCCACUGUUAGUGGAAAUAGCCAAGUCUCCAGGAGCAACACUAGGCAUCACGCUGACAUCGGCCAAUCAUCAAAACAAACAGGUCAUUGUCAUCGACCGGGUUAAACCUGGCAGCGUGGUGGACAGAUGUGGAGCACUGCAUGCUGGGGAUCACCUGCUGUCUAUAGAUGGGACAUCAACAGAGCACUGUACGGUUCUGGAGGCAACACAAUUAAUAGCAAGCACAACAGAACUGGUUAAAUUAGAAAUUCUUCCCUCGCAUCAAACGAGGCUAACUGGAAAACAGCAUGACACAGUCAAGGUUCAGAAGUCGGACCAUCCCCACUCCUGGGACCCCUGUGUUAAUUACUGUCCCCCUCCAAACUCCACUCUCUGCAACACAAGUUCCACCCUCAAUAAAUCGUGGACCACCUCUAACAACAACACAAUCAACAACCUUGACUACUGCAAGUCUCUUGUAUCAGCCAGUUUCUCUCCUGCCUCUACAACCACUUCUGGGCCCAGCAGCCAGAGCUCGAGCACGUUACCCAGGCCCACUGUUCCCAUGAGUCCCCGUAAUUCACUGCUCAAACGACGGCAGAGAAAGAAAGAGCAUAAGAGCUCCUUGUCCCUGGCCUCCAGUUCGGUGGGUCCAGGUGGUCAGGUGGUUCAUGUAGAGACCAGUGAGGUUGUCUUAACAGGUGACCCACUGAACGGCUUUGGUGUACAACUACAGGGAGGAAUAUUUGCCACCGAAACGCUGUCAGCACCACCACUUAUUCGAUUCAUAGAGCCUGACAGCUCUGCAGAGAGGUGUGGCCUGCUGCAGGUAGGAGACCGUCUUCUGUCGAUCAAUGGAAUCCCCACAGAAGACGGAACACUCGAGGAAGCCAAUCAGCUCCUCCGAGAUGCUGCAUUGACCAAUAAGGUCACACUGGAAAUAGAGUUUGAUGUAGCAGAAUCAGUGGUGCCAAGCAGUGGUACUUUCCAUGUCAAACUGCCGAAGAAAAGAGGAGUGGAACUGGGGCUCACCAUCAGUGCCAGUAAGAAGCCAGGAGAGCCUCUUAUCAUUUCUGACAUCAAGAAGGGAAGCAUGGCUCACAGAACAGGAACACUGGAGCCUGGAGAUAAGCUGCUGGCUAUUGACAACAUCAGACUUGAAAACUGUUCCAAAGAUGAUGCAGAGCAGAUCCUCCAGCAGUGUGAGGAACUCGUCAAAUUAAAAAUACGUAAAGAUGAAGACAACUCAGAUGAGCAGGAGACGUCAGGCAGCAUCAUAUACACAGUGGAACUGAAGCGGUACGGAGGCCCUCUGGGUAUCACCAUCUCUGGCACUGAGGAGCCUUUUGACCCCAUCACUAUAUCAGGCCUAACUAAGAGAGGCCUUGCAGAAAGGACAGGGGCUAUACAUGUAGGUGAUCGGAUCUUGGCUAUCAACAGUGUCAGCCUGAAAGGGAAGCCGCUGAGCGAAGCCAUCCACUUGCUGCAAAUGGCUGGAGAGACGGUCACUCUCAAAAUAAAAAAACAGCUUGACAACAUAGAAGACAGGAAGGCAGCAGAUGUAGAGGACACAACAGAAAAUGAGAUCAGUGACCCUGAGGAGGACGAUUUGACAGACAGCCAACAAACCAACAAGCUAUCAGAGCUCUACUCCACAACAAUACCCAGCGUUGACUCUGCUAUGGAGUCAUGGGAUGGCUCAGGGCUGGAUGCAGGCUAUGGGAGCCAGGGUACAUACACCCAUCAAGCAGCUGGUAUCGCUCUCCACCCGCAUGAGUGGCGUAGUGCCAAGCAGCAACGAAGUACCACGCCUCCUCCUGGACGUCGGAAGAACUACCCGUUUAGUGACGGAGGCUUCAGUGAGGAUGACUGGGACAAACCACCAGGAUUUAUUGGCCAGCAACCAGAUGGCAUUCUAUUGGAUCCAGAAGACAGUUUCUGGUGUCAAGCUCUGGAGGACCUGGAGACCUGUGGCCAGUCAGAACUACUAAGAGAAAUAGAGGCAUCCAUCAUGACAGGCACAGCCAUCAGUCUUGGUGUAGAUGGUGUCAACAAGCCUCCAUCUGAGCCCAUACUGACCCACAGCAGGAUGAGCCCAUUGCGGCGAAAUUCUCUCCUGCAUCAAGGCAACUUGCACCACCAGGGAACACACCUCCAUCAGGGUGCCCAUCUUCACGAGGAAGCCCACCUGCAUGAAGAGGCUCAACUUCACCAAGACCCCCAUCUGCACGAGGAGGCCCAUUUCAACCAGGAAUUGCACCUACAACAAGGGGUCCACAUUCACCAAGAUAUCCAAUCCCCUCUCCUGCACCACGAGCCCAAGUCAAAGGCCUCACUGAGAGUAUCAGAGAGGACAUGGGAGUCCCGUCGGAUCAAAGAGGAGAUGCAGGGUAUUCUGUCACCAACACCACUAGAGCUUCACAAAGUAACAGUGAUAAAGGACCCAGAGAGUGAUGACUUUGGCUUUAGCGUGUCAGAUGGUUUCUUGGAAAAAGGUGUUUAUGUCAACAUGAUCAGACCUGAUGGCCCUGCUGACAGAGCCGGGCUUAGACCCUAUGACAGGAUCCUGCAGGUGAACCAUGUAAGGACGAGAGACUUUGACUGUUGUCUGGCUGUACCUCUCAUCACAGAAGCAGGAGACAGACUGGAACUGGUCAUCAGCCGCAACCCACUUGCCAAUGAUGACCCAGAGGACAAUAACAACACUUUAGACCACGCACUUGACCUGUAACACAAAUACAUACACGUGCACAAAACAUACAGAAGACAUAUUGUAACUGGUGAUGAAGCAUAAACUAAUAUCUAGUGGAACUGGCCCAAAAACACAGACACACACUCACUCACACACUCCACCGGCUUGCUGUAUUUCUGUUUAAAUACAGAGACUCCUGCUGGAACACACAUCCUAACACUUGCAUGCUCACACAGUCUCCCCAUCCCAUUUACACUGGGUUGAACUGCUUUUAUACAGUAUGGUCUGUAUGAAAGCAUCACCACAAUACAGAAAAACACACCAAAUGCUCUCCCGAUAACUGGCUGGACUCACAGUGUUGUUUCAACUUCAACAAUGACUUACUCGGCACUUUAAAUAGCCAUUUUUACUCAUUUUAACCUGCAAUACGGGUAAGAUUAUUUCAGUUUUUAUUGCAAGGCCAUAUGCUCCCAUGAACCUGCAGUACUUGCACCUGAGAGAUCUGCCUUAUACAAUAUUGUAAGUGAUUUUACUGGAGAAAAAUUCUCAGUUUGGAGUUUCCAUUUGUUUCACGGAAGGUUACUAAGUACUAACAGAAAACAGAACAAACAGUUCAUAAUGGGAGUGUGUCUAUAAAAAAUGUAGCCAUUGUAGAAUUUCAUAAUGCUGCUAAGAUUCUGCUCAAACACUGCUGCUCACUUGACAUUACCAAGAAAAAACAAAAUUCUGGAGUGGUCAAGUAUAGCUCUUUUUUUCAAGGCAGACCUCUAUUGGAUCCUGCUGCACAUUAUUAUGUCACUUCGGUGACAUCACAACACUGAUUUAUGAUGAUGUCAUCAGUGAUGCCAUCACAACUGCCAAACUGUUAUUUUGUUUUAUGCUAUCAUAAAAUGAAAGCGAAAGGAGGGAAGGGUGUAAUUUCCGCUCCCAAUGAAAAAUGGCGUCUUAAGUGGAAUUGACCAAUCACGGCUUUUGCUACACCAUAAAUGAGCAGAUGGCAUGUGGCUGUGCCCCAGAACAAACUGUAUUGCCAAACGAAGAACAUCUACCUGCAUUUGAAAUGUGCCAAAUGUUAUGACAUUAUCCACUAUAUCAAUAGUUGUCUGAGAUCACUGGGUUCACCUCAUCAUAUUUCAUUGCAAGACUACAAUGUCAAACAACAGUAGCAUUUCAAAUUCAUUUUAAAUCGCAAAAUUAUUAGAUUUGAGGUUCAGAGUGAUUUAAUGUAACAUCUGUUUGUCUUUAAUGGCAUAUUUGUGUAAGGAUGUGUGCCGCAGAAUAAAUUUACUAGCAGCUAGUUUAAUUUUAAGAUGUUAAGUCUGAUUUAUAUAAACUAACAAUAAAAGGAUCCUUUCACUUACCAGCAACCUCAAAACUAAUAUACACUGUGAGCCACUGGGACCAUUCUUGGGGAAAAAUGCCUAAGCAGUGAAUAAAGCAGUUCCCACUAGCAGGCAGUGUCAACACAAUGACAAGUGUGAUUUAGGAGGAUCUAUAGGAAUUAGAACAUUCCUAAUUUUCCAUUGGCGUAUCACCUAUAAGUAUGAAUCAUGGUGUUUUCAUUUGUCCAGCAUGAGAUCAGUAUUUAUGGCUAUAGGUCUUCUUCAGUAAUGCCCAAGUGUCGUGCCGCCAUAUUUUACAGAAGAGACAAAACACAGUUGUUCCAGAUGUGUUCCAGAACUGGAAUAUUACCAAACUGGAAUAUUUGAUAAUAUUCAAUUUAUUUGUUUUCUUUUUUAUUAUAUAAUCUUUAUUUCUUCUACACAUCUAAUAAGGAAGUGGUAUACAGUUGCUUGUUGAUCUGCAGCCUCACCACUAAACCCUAUGUGGUCCUUGAGGAUGAUUCAAUUAUUGAAGAGUCUCACUGUCAUGGAUCAUUUAUGCAGUUGAAUAGAUGUUAAGGUAGUGGGAACAACAAGCAACAAGUCAUAAAGAAGUAACAUUAUCUUCGUUGUGGCUUUUAAUUUAAUAGCCUUUUAAACUAGGAUACACAGUUCAUUCAAAUAAUAGCUAUAGAGCACUACUGCUGUUUGGAUUUAUUGGUAACACUCACCCUUUUGCACAAAGAUUAUGAACAAAGUCAAUAGCAUCAUCUGCUAUCAGACCUACUACACUAGGUUGCUGGUGAAGCCAGACUAUGGACAAAUUUCCAACACACACAUUUUUACACAAAAGGCUCUGAUAACAAAGGAAAUGAAACCGUGCAGUGUGUGUGUGUGUGUGUGUGUGUGUGUGUGUGUGUGUGUGUGUGUGUGUGUGUGUGUGUAUGUGUGUGUGUGUGUGUUAUGCAUUUGUUAUCAAGCCAUUUUGUUGUGUCUUUCAUGGAUGUCUGUUUAUAAUGUGUAAUUUGUAUGUGAGUGUAUCAGCAGAUUCUAUUCCAAGGUGCAAUUGGAAAUUUCCAGAGUUCGGCCUGAGUUAAAUUGAGCCACUAUCCUUUAAUGGUCAGCACCCUUUGAAGCACUGUGAGCAUUCCUGACUACUUGUGUGUGCUCAUUUGCAAUUUCACCAUGGAUCCAAGAUUGAGCUGAGAACAAACAUUAGUUAGAACAGAGUUAUGUGCCAAAUGUUAUGUCAAGGAUUGAGAGCUGGUUUUCCCACUAUUAACCUUCACAUAUAAAGUGUUGUGGUUACCUUGACUGACAGCUCAUUAGUGCAAGAUUCUAAUCAAUUCACAUAAUGCUGACUAUUAGGAAAAUAGUAAACCUUUCUCUUCUUCCCAAAGCCUCCCCUGGUAACUUUUGAUUAGCAACCUUGUCACAUCUUACAGAUCCCUUCUUGAACUAAAGCUGAUCUUAGUUGUGCGAUUGUUUUAAAGCCCUGAUAUUUCUACUAUAUUUCUACUUCUAUUGCUAAGGGAAUGUUGACUUCUAAUCCAAGAGACAACCAACUAGAACCUUACACCUGCAAUGUGGUUAGACACACAAUCUGUAUUUUUACACCACUGACGCCUCAUUAAUGAAUGAGGCGUCAGUGUCCAAGGCCAAAGGCAGUACAUCAGGUCAGAAGCACAACAAGUAGCAUUUUUUUUUUUUUUAGUUUGGAGUGGUGCACCAUGAAUAUUUAACACAGCUAGUCCUAGCUCUAGCAUCAUCUUGCACAGCUGCAAUGUAUUUAUUUAUUUAAUUUAUUCUUCUUUGUGUCAACAUAAGCUGUCACUCAUCAGCCAUCAUACUAACCUGUUUUGGGUUUGACUUUCCCUAAAACUAAAUUUCAGGGUGGUUGAUUUUAUAAUGAAGGGCAGUGUGCAUCCAGCUAACAGCAGUCAGAAUGCUCAAAGUAGCCAGAGCACUGAAAUAGCCUUCACACAGAAACUUUAGAACAUACAAGUCUUCAAGUUUUACAACCCCAGACAUUAAUUCAAUUUCCUUCAGGCCCCUAAUUUCUCAUGAUUUUUUCUUAUUCCUGCCAAAAAUGUAUUUGCUCCAAUUAUCUUUGGAUUAACUGAAAUUGGGCUGGCUCUUGUUCCCUCCUACUGAUCUUGGCAGUGUAUGUAUGUGCUGUGCAAAAGUAGGUGCUUAAAUUCUACGAAGUAGCAGUUCACUUAAAUAAAUUGCAGUAAACAGAAUAAAACUAAAAUCAGUCUCUGGUUUUGCUACCAUUUUCCACCAAAACAGCACCAAUCUUUUACACUUUAAGCUAACUGGCAUCAUUCUUUUUGAGAAAAAACCAAUCUAAACAUCCUUUGCACAGUUGUGUAUGUGCACAUAUUAGCAUGAAUUAUGGUGAACAAAAGUAUAUGGAGUAUAUGAUGGAUACAUUGUCAGUAUAGGGAUUUUAUUAUGAGUGAGUAAUAGAACAGCAUUUGUUCUCGACAAGACUGAAAAAAACCCUAAACUUUGAGACAGUCACAACCCCUGUUCCUACCAUUUUCUUAUGUUGUUAUGGAACAGAAUCCAGCGGCACCCUAUAAGAAUUUCCAUGUCUGUAUGGGUGUGUGAAUAACAAAACAUAUGUGAACAUGACUGCAGAAAGCUUCUAUUUGUCAACGUUUCUCUGUCUAAUACAUGUAUGUGCAAAAAAUAUCCACUACUUCUGGGCAUACACUGUUUCAGAGGUGUGUGUGUGUGUGUGUGUGUUUGUGUGUGUGUGUGUGUGUGUGUGUGUGUGUGUGUGUGUGUGUGUAAGCUAAUUUGUGUACAUUUCAUUGUACAGUAGUGAGGUUUUCCAGGAUUGUGGGCCUUUACAUUUUUAUUUCCAAAAACCGGAUAAGGCUUAAAAUAGUGUAAACUCAACACACAUACAAAAAAGGGACAUUUACUUCUCUCCAAGCACUUACUGCUGAAUAUAAAGCACACUGUUGAAUACCAUGCACUGUAAGUAUUUUCAUGUACAAUGGAACAAACUUUUGUAAAGCAACAAAAAAUGAAAAUGCUGAGAAAAGCCUUCUGAAUUGUUUUUUUGUUUGUUUGUUUUUUCUUUUAUGUAUGUAUGUGGCCAUGUAUACUCCCUAUGCAUUUCUGAGUCAAAUGUCAGUUUAAAGCCCAAUCCAGAACCGUAACAACUGUUCCCCGGAUAAGUUUAUAAUACAAAAAAUGUUUAAUAUAAUUCCCUGUGCUUUUAUAGUUAACUUGUUAGAAAUGCAGCAAUGACAAACAUUCAGUCAUUGACAAUCCAGAAGUCAUAUUCCUACCUCUGGUAAAAUUUUAAUUUAUGUUUAAUUUACAAUAAAGAUUAUUACAUUUCUAUGGAUUCGUUUUUGAGGAAAAUAAAAAUGUUAAUGUGAAGAUUUAAUGGUAGUGUACCACAUUUUAUUAGACUAGCUUGUUGGCGUUACUCCCCUGAACCCAUUAAGCGAUUUCAGUACAUUAGAUAAGUUAUUAUAUAAUCCACCAUAUAUUACAUCAUCAGCUAAAGUAAAGCCCUUUCACAUGCCCGCGCCUGCUCAAUCACUCACAAAUAUACCAUGUAAACAUGGUUAAACUUGUCAGACAGCUUAAAUAAAGGGCGAUUCACCUUCUGACCAGAGGAUGCUAGUUCAUAGCUAUUGAGCAGUAAGAAAAGCCAAACUAGGUAAAUGUUACUGGGUAAUUACUUUAUGCUUCUAUAAAAAGUUCCUGUAGGGGAGAGAGCACAUGCUGCUUUUUCUGCCGCACGGGUUGUCAAUGUGCAACGUAAGCCAGUCAUGUACUCAUGAUUUUGGUUGGUAGACUACAGUCAAAUAUUUGUGUUACAUUACACCUUUCUAUUAGUGUCUGUAGCCAGGACAACCUUUCAGCUCUUUAUUUUUAUUUUUUGUGUGCAUUUUGUUUUGUUUUUUUAACAUGUAGUGUCUAAAUUGGAGAGCCUCAGCUGCAGCAAGUGUGGGGAGCAAAACAUUCAAUGGCUGCAAGGAAGCUACAUUAUCUUGUCACCUCUUGUCAACUCAACAAAUUAGAACUUUACCAGUAACAGAUAAAUAAUGUUAGCUAAACACUAGCAAGUUGUUACAACUAGCAAACUAUAGCACCUACCAAGCUAACCAUUAGUUAUACAUAAAUAACAAAUACAAAUGUGACAGCAAAACUACCCAUAACAAACCAGUGUAUUAGCUUUUUAUAGCUAUUUUAUUCACCACUUGCCACAAUAAGUGAGCAGCAACAAGCCUACUUAAACUGACCAGCUAUAAGUAGGCUUGUUGCUGAGAACUAUACAAUGGGUCAGUAAGAUAUCUUGUUAGCUUACUGGCCUAUUUAAUAACAGUUGUUGAUGAGCUAACUUAAAUUUCUUCUCUGAUAUCUAGCCAGUUAACCUAUUUAGCUCAAUGAUAAACACAAACACUGACUUCUUCAUUGCAGUCAGCUUAAUUAUGACUUGAAACUAAGAAAAUGAUGUCUUGCUGCACAUUUCAAAAGUAGGAAAUGUCAGUGUCUCCAGUCUUUGUCCCUAUUAUUUUUUUUAAUUAAUUUGUUUAUUAUUUUAUUAUGUUUCAUACUUUAUUUUUUCAAAGAUAUUUUGAUUUGUUCUUUUGCCUUAUAUGUGUUUGGAUGUCAAAGUUGCUACGGUUCUGGACUGGGCUAUUAAUAAUGUACGCAUUGAUAUUGUGUAUUUCUUUUCCAAACUGUGUAAAGUUCUAUUCUAUGUAAUAUAGUAUUUUUCUAUGACAGUAUACUCUUCCAAAAUAUAGGAAGAAAAUACAAAACAAAAAUUAUAAAAUGAAAAAUAAAAUGUAUAACUUU